GUCUUCAUCCCCGUCGCGUAAUCAAAGCCAAAGCUUAUCCCCCUCUCUCUCUCUCUCUCUCUCUCUCUCUCUCUCUCUCUAGAGUCGAUCGGCGAUGGCGCCGAAGGCGGAGAAGAAGCCGGCGGAGAAGAAGCCGGCCGACGACAAGAAGGCGGAGAAGGGGCCCGCGGAGAAGAAGCCGCGGGCGGAGAAGAAGCUGCCGAAGGAGGGCGUGGGGGCGGACAAGAGGAAGAAGAAGGCGAAGCGGGGCGUGGAGACGUACAAGAUCUACAUCUUCAAGGUGCUGAAGCAGGUGCACCCGGACAUCGGCAUCUCCAGCAAGGCCAUGGGCAUCAUGAACAGCUUCAUCAACGACAUCUUCGAGAAGCUCGCCCAGGAGGCCUCCCGCCUCGCCCGCUACAACAAGAAGCCCACCAUCACCUCCCGGGAGAUCCAGACCGCCGUCCGCCUCGUCCUCCCCGGCGAGCUGGCCAAGCACGCCGUCUCCGAGGGCACCAAGGCCGUCACCAAGUUCACUAGCUCUUAGGUUUUUCAAGGGGGAGUUGGGGUGGAGAUUGGGAGCGUUCCUCCUUUUGGGGGGUGGUGGAUUUGGGUUUCGAUUCGAGAUGUAAAGGGCUAGGGUAGGGGUGGUAGUUUGGUUAGGAUUCAUCUAUGUGCAUUUUCUCUUUGGAUUUUGUGAUUUUUUCUUCUUGGGCGAAAUCAGAUGGAAUCUUUGUGGCAACUGCUAAAGUUUGAAAACUUUUAUCGUUCUCAAUCUGAAUUUUUACGCUAUUACUUCUUUGA